AGAAAACAUUUAUAAUGAUGAUGAGAAUGUGAGAAGAAAAAUAUGAGAAAGAGAAAAAAGAGAGUAGAAUGAAUAAUCUUCUGAGUCGAUUCAAUUCUUAUUCCAUGAAAGCGGCUUUCGAAUAGUAUUCCAAGUGGUUGUUUCAUUGCCUUCGAACACCAAACAUGCUGAGAUUUUGAUCCACCGCCAUCAUAACGAGUCCAAAUCCACGUUCAACCCUUUGGCCUAUUGUGUUCAUUAGUUUCGUGCUUCUAAUUUGUAAAUAAACAAAACUGACCAUCGACUGACCACCAAAAAAAACAACAUCACCUUCAUCAUCAAGUGACUAAUCAAACUUAAUUGUGACAAUAUUUGGAUACAAAGGGAACCUCAGCUUACACCAAAGGACCUAAUCGCCAACGAUAACAACGAUUACUGAUUUUGAGCUUAUAAUACUUUUUGCUUUCCCUCUUCUCUCUCUCUCUCCGUUAAAAUUGAUUGAUUCCUGAUCUUGGAGUAAUAAUGAUAAGUGGAAAUCGAGGUGAUAAACUGUCCAAAGCUGAGAAACAAUGUCGAUCACUGGCAAGAGUGGGAUCAUCAAUAAGCCAGGCGGUUGAAAGAUUUGCCUCCGUGGGUGAAACUAUUGGUGAUGAUAAUCCGGAGAUUAAGCUUGGGAUGGUUGAUGCUUGUAAAGAUGCAAGGACAGCGGGUUGUAUUCUGGAGCAAUUAUGUGAUAUCACAACUGAUUCGGGUAAUUAUAAUGUCCGAUUUUACUCCGAUAGAAGUGCCCUUGUCCGGUCAGCUCGAGCACUUUUAUCCUCAGUCACCAGAAUCCUGAUAAUAGCUGAUUCUGUGGUGGUCAAGCAGCUACUGACCGCCCCGGAUAGGGGGUUAGUCGGAUUUAGACUUGAAAAUGUUGCCAAUUUCACUGAGUUCGUGAAGGCUUAUGUUGUCUUUGGCUCGGAAAUGGUUCAACUUGCUCACAAUGUUGCCGAUCGUUCAAGUUGUAUUAAGGAUGAGAGGCGACGCGCUGAGAUGGGUUCAGCUCGUCGAUUCCUUGAAAGGUCAACCAUGAUGCUUUUGACUUCGUCCAAAGCUUGUCUUCGUCACCCUGAUUGCGAAAGUGCCAAAGAAAAUCGUGAUAUCGUUUUCAUUGAGAUGAGACGUGCAAUGGACUCAAUUCACAGCGUUAUUAAAGACAGUGUCCUACCCGAAUUAUCAUUUUCCGCUGUAAACAUCGAUUCCACCGGUGUUGAUGAUUCCCGAAGGUUCCAACACCAUGGACGAUCUUCAUCCAGUCACCUUGGUUACAUGAGAUCCACUCAACGUUAUCACCAUCAACAUCAUCCAUCAUCACCAACCUCAACCUGUAAUCCAGCCACUGAUUGGAUUGGUGAUAUCGAUGAACCUCUUCCGACGACUUUCAAUGCAAUCAGAAGAUUCGAGGAAUUGGUUGAAAUGAGUCGUGGUACUUUGUGUAAAGGAUUAUUCAAAGAACGAUUAAUUAGUGCCUUUGACGCUUUCGUUGAACUAACCCAAUAUUUCACCGAUUCAGCUUACACUCGCCAUGAGAAUCGUGAAAAAUUAUUAUUACUCUGUGAUCGUACCAAACUUGAGCUCAAUCAGCUACUUCGAAUCGGAAUUUGCCUUGACGAAACUGGAUCAACGAGUACAACUGUAGAUCUGGAAGAAACCAUUUCACAAACUUUACGAUCAGUUAACGAUGUUAAAUUUCAGCUACGAAACACUGCCUUAGAGCAAGCUGAUGAACUAUUCAAAUUAACCGAUGAAUUUGAUAUAAUUAAUCAACUUCGAAGUACCUUUUUAACGGGUGACCCUGAACGUUUAAACGAUUAUGUUAAAAUAUUCACCGAUCACUGUGAUCAUGUUGAUGAGGUGUGCAGAUUAAUACACAACGUAACCACCUCUGAAACCCUUCAAAUCUAUUCAAAAGUUACCGAAUCUCAUAUAACCGUUUUCAGCCCACAAAUUUUGAACGCUUGUUUUACCUUAUGUGCUCAUCCCAAUUCUCGUAUUGCCAAAGAUAAUCUUGAGGUUUUCCUUGACUUUUGGAUCACCCUUUACAGUGAUGUCCAUCAGUAUAGUAAGGAUACUCGAGAAUGUUUAACCGGACUUGACCUAAACCCUUACCUUUCUGGUCCAAUGAUGAUGAACACUCCUGGUGGUUCCGUCCGAUAUAAUAAUAAUAAUAAUAAUCCGAAUACUGGUCAAUGUAAUAUUAAGUCUGGUCAGCAACAGGUAUCAUCCUCAUUGUCCCAACAACAACAGCAACAAUUAACUGUCCAACAGCAACAACCUGUGAUAUUAGGACCUAAUGGAUCAAAUUUAGAUCCCAAUGAUCCUUCAAUGAUUAGCGGAGGAGCUGAUAAAUUACCUGGUUCCAUUGAUUUGGAAACUGGUGAGAUGAUUGAUAAAAACUGGUCCACAAAUAGUAAUCCCUCAUCGGAAGAUAAUGAUAUUGUCCGUAGGGCCAAAGCAAUGUCACAAAUGGCCUUAAAUAUGAACCAAUUUACCCGUGGUGAGGGUGAUCUUAAAACUACUCAAGAUCUUUUCACUCAGGCCGAAUUUCUUGCCGAAGAAGCGAAUAAGUUUUACAAAUUGGUUCGACAUUUUUCCUACCAGAUUCCAAGUGGAUUAGCUAAAAAGGAUUUACUCGAUAAUCUUGAUAAAGUUCCCACUUUUGUCCAGCAAUUACUAUUUACCGUUAAGCAAGCGACCGUCGGGAAAGCGGCCACUUUUACCAAAGUUGACAAUGUGAUCAAGGAGACUAAAAAUUUGAUGAUGUUCGUAUGCAGUACCGUUGAUAGUUGCAUUACCUGUGCAUCGAAGUAUAAUCUGGAUAUGGGAGCUGCUCGAGCGCGAUCACGAACUUUGUCACCUUCUGGACGAUAUGGGGAAGAUGAUAGUGGAUAUGAAGGAAUGUCCUCUGGAAUGGGUUCGAAGGGUGGAACAGCUUCGUCCGAUCCGAACAUUUGACAAUUAGGGAUCGGCUCUCGAAGGGCCAAACCACAACAAUCCGGUGAAUCACGAAGAACUCGCGUUUCGUUUUUACUCUUUUAGGGUCAAAGUCUUAGGAUCACUUUUCAGUUUCGUUAAUUUGUUUUCUUUUAGUCCACUUAGAGUUGAUUUACUUUUUUUCCCACUCCAUUGACACAAAUUCACUCACACACUUAACCUUCAACCUUUAUUAUUUUUACGAUUUCUCCACCUACAUUUUAUAUAUAAUAGCUCCUUGACCAUAUCGAACAUAUCGAACUUUUAAUUUUUCUUUCUUAUUAUCGCUGCACUUUAAAUCCAAGACUUUGGCCCAGAUUCGGUAAAAAUUUGUUCUUCUCCAUCUUGAAAUUUUCUCAACCAGAGAGAAAAAAAUCGGAUUCGUUGUACCUUCUCGAAGUACAAAUGUAACCCACAGUGAUCGAGAACAUGAAACUAACUUGAUGAUUGACAUUAAGUUUCCAAUUCGUCGUAAAUUGUGGCAGAAUUGACGGAUAAUCAAAAUCAAUGGAAACUCGAUCAUCAAGUUACCCUGGAUGAUAAACUUUCGUGGCAGGAAAAGAGGAUCAUCUGGGGGUGUUUUCGUCCCUCUCUAACCCUUUAUCUCUCCAAUUCCCACCACAACUAAUCACAAUUAAUUCCCAACGAUCAAUUUAAUCACAAAUUCCACCAAUUCCCUCAAUCCCAAAUCUCUC